AUGAAUGACAAGAAAUGCGUAAAACUUGAUCUCUAUAUCGAUGACGAAGAAGUACUCCAUCAGAGCAACGAUGAAAGUGCCGACGAAGUGCUGUGUCUGCGGAUACUGAGCUCACAAACAAAGUACAGAUUCGGUGGACUCAAAGUGCAUAUCGAGAGUCCCGUCUUCAACAUCGGGAAGAUAUUUAACGUCGAGUUCGACGAGGACUCGGAGGUGGCGCUCAUUAAGAGCCAAAAGGAGGCCCUCCACGGCCCCGGCGACCCCCCCACCGAACACAACACCCCCACCACAUCCAAAGCGGCCACAAUUGUCAUCAGUCCCGACCGGGAGGAACUGGCGCUCACCAAAUGCCCGACAGUGUCGGCCGACCUCACGCUCGUCGAGGCGACCGACACUCCGGCCGACCUGAACGGCAAAGACGGCGACACUCCGUCGGUGGACGAGAGUGGGGCCGGCGGUCGACGGAUGUCCUCUCAGAUGAAGAAAUUCAUGUCAAAGAAACUGCAGUCGAGUUGGAAUAACGCGGUUCGUGUCAAACGAUUCUUCUCCGAUUCCAUGCAAUUCUGGAAUUAA